AUGGCCGACCCCUACCAAAACAACGCGUACCAACAACAAGGGGGCGACAGCUACGGGUCGUACGGAGAAGGGGGGGGGCCUGACGGGUACGGGUACCAAGCGGACGACCUCCGGCAAGAAGAGGACGCAGCCAGCGACGCCACGGAGGGACACGAUGAAGAGGACCAGAUGUACGAAGGAGAAUAUCAGGGGAUCCCUCACCCUGACGAGGUGAAGGCGGCUCAGAGGGCGGCACGGGCUAAAGCUCGAUCUGCCCGGACCGCUGUCUCCGAGCUGGAGGAGCUGUCCGAGCAGUACGAGGACAUCAUGGAGGACUGUGGCCACGGGAAGUUCCAGUGGACGCUCUUCGUGGUGCUGGGCCUGGCGCUGAUGGCGGAUGGAGUGGAAUGUUUCGUGGUUGCGUUCGUUCUUCCCUCCGCAGAAAAGGAUCUGUGUCUGUCCAACGCAGAGAAAGGAAUGCUGGGUCUGACAGUCUUCGUGAGCAUGAUGGUGGGCGCCUUCUUGUGGGGGGGCCUCGCAGACAAAGUCGGCCGUCGGCGCUGCCUGAUUGUGGCGUUGGCGAUAAACUGCGUCUUCGCCUUCCUGUCUUCGUUCGCCCAAGGCUACGGCUUCUUCCUGUUCUUCAGGGUUCUGUCUGGCGUCGGCAUCGGUGGGACAGUUCCCAUCGUGUACACGUACUUCUCUGAGUUCCUUCAGAUGGACAAGAGAGGAGAGCAUCUGUCCUGGUUGUGUAUGUUCUGGAUGAUCGGGGGGAUCUACGCCUCCUUCACUGCCUGGGGCAUCAUCCCCAGAUAUGGCUGGGGCUUCAGUAUGGGCACAGAGUUCCAGUUCCACAGCUGGAGGGUCUUCAUCCUGGUUGCAGCUCUCCCGGCCAUCACCUCUCUGGUCGGACUGACCUUCAUGCCGGAGAGCCCUCGCUUCCUCCUGGAGAAUGCCAAACACGACGAGGCGUGGAUGAUCCUGAAACAAGUUCACGACACCAACUGGAGAGCAAAGGGACAACCAGAAAAAGUCUUUACUGUGACUCACAUCAAGGCUCCGAAAACAGCCGAGGACGAGUUCAUUGAGAUCCAGAGUGCCACAGGAACGUCUGUGCAGCGCUGGGCUGUGCGCUCGCUAACACUCUGCAAACUGGUGUUGAAGAACGUGGCGUCUCUGGUCUCUGCCGAGCUGAGGCUAGCGACGCUCUUCAUGGCCGUCAUCUGGUUCUGCAUGGCCUUCAGUUACUAUGGUCUGUCCGUGUGGUUCCCUGACAUGAUCAAGCACCUUCAGUUCGAGGAAUACAAGUCCAAGGUCAAGGUGCUGCAUAGAGAACGAGUGGAAAACUUCCACUUUAACUUUUCUUUGGAAAACCAGAUCCAUACAGAAGGAGAAUAUAUCCACGACAAGUUCAUCCGAAUAGAGAUGAAGUCAGUGAAGUUUGAGGACUCUCUGUUUGAAGACUGUCACUUCGAGGACAUCAGGUCCACAGACACAGUGUUUGAGAACUGCACCAUCCGCUCCACGCUCUUCACCAACACAGAUCUUUGGGAGGAGAAGUUCAUCAACUGCAGGAUGGAGAACUCGAGCUUUGAGCACAACAAGCAGGGCUGCCACCUGGACAACGACGAGGAGAACGACGUGCUCAUCUACCUGGUCAGCUUCCUGGGGAGUCUGGCCGUGUUGCCGGGCAACAUCAUCUCAGCGCUCUUCAUGGAGAAGAUCGGCCGAGUGAAGAUCAUAGGGGGCUCCAUGCUGAUUUCCGCCGGCUGCACCUUCUUCCUGUUUCUGAGCUUCAGCCAAUCAGCGAUCAUCGCCCUGCAGUGUCUGUUCUGUGGCGUCAGCGUGGCGGCGUGGAACGGAAUCGAGGUCGUGACGGUGGAGCUCUACCCGGCUUCUAAAAGGGCCACGGCGUUCGGCGUGCUGAACGCUCUGUGCAAACUGGCCGCGGUCCUCGGCAGCUCCAUCUUCGCCAGCUUCGUGGGCGUCACCACGGCCGUCCCCAUCCUCCUGUCCUUCGCCGCCCUGACCUGCGGCGGCCUCCUGGCGCUGAAGCUGCCGGACACGCGGGGGAAGAUCCUGCAGUGA